AUAUUAUUUCUCAGAGUGCUCUAUUCCCACAGUGGGAUGGGCACGAGGGGGCCUCCGUUAUUUAUGAACUCCAGUAUUUGCAUACUACAGUUUUGCAUAGAGAUACACUGCCAUUUUUCUUCAUUGCUUAGUAUAUCCCCACUGUCAUACAGACACCAGAGCUGGGCUACAUCUACAGGACCCCCGGGCCACAGAAUAACACCCCACUCAUUCAUCUGAAGAGGACAAGACCACAGAAGACUCAACCAAAGACAGUCUCAGAAAUCAGAAGUCAGACAGUGUUGGCGUGGAGUGAUGGGGGACUGGAGUCUCUUGGGGAAUUUUCUGGAGGAGGUGCAGGAGCACUCCACAAUAGUGGGGAAGGUGUGGUUGACCGUGCUGUUCAUCUUCCGUAUCCUGGUGCUGGGCACGGCAGCGGAGUCAUCAUGGGGCGACGAGCAGUCCGACUUCAUGUGUGACACACUGCAACCCGGUUGCACCAACGUCUGUUAUGACCGAGCUUUCCCCAUUGCCCAUAUCCGCUACUGGGUGCUGCAGAUCGUCUUCGUAUCAACACCAUCCCUCAUCUACAUGGGCCAUGCCAUGCACACUGUCCGCAUGGAGGAGAAGCGGAAACGGAAGGAGCAUGAGGAGAAGGGUGAAGAGGACAAAGGAGAGAAGGAGUAUUUGGAACAGAAAGAGGAUUUCAAAGUUCCAAAGACAAAUAUCCACCUAAAGGGGGCGCUGCUGCAGACGUACAUCCUGAGUAUUGUGAUCCGCUUGGUCAUGGAAGUGACCUUCAUUGUUAUCCAGUACAUGAUGUAUGGAAUCUUCCUGAAUGCUCUGUAUCCUUGUAACAUGUCGCCUUGUCCCAACCGUGUGAAUUGUUACAUGUCCCGUCCAACUGAGAAAAACGUCUUCAUUGUGUUUAUGUUGGCAGUGGCAGCAGUUUCCCUGCUCCUCAGUGUGCUAGAACUGUACCACCUUGGAUGGAAAAAGUGCAAGCAAUGCCUUCGAAAAUAUGCCGACAAAAAUGCCAGUGAUGUCAAAAGCAAAAGCGUUAAUGUUGUUUCUGUAGCCAAACUUGGCAAGACAAGUAUUCCAAUGGAACUGAGUGAAACAGCACAGCAACAUACCUCCCAAACGUGCACCCCACCCCCAGAUUUCAACCAGUGCCUAGCGUCAAGCCAAGGUCUGACAUCACCACCGCAUCUGCAUCACCAUCACCUUCAUCACAUCCACCAAUCCUGCCAGCCCUUCACCAACCACCUGGCCCACCAGCAGAACUCUGUCAACAUGGCCACUGAGCGGCAUCACCACAGCCACGAUGAUCUGGAGCCGGCUGUGGACUUCCUGCAGAUGAGUUACGAGAGUCCUGAGACUCGAGUUCUGGGUGAUAUGACACCCAGCGCCCCCUCCACGCCGUCCCCCCAACCAGGCUACUUCAGAGACAAGCGCCGGUUUAGCAAGACCAGUGGUACUAGUAGUAACCGAGACAGACCAGGUGAUCUGGCCGUGUAGGUUGGAUUAAAGGACCACCCUGGAGGAAGAUAUUUCUUCUAGAUAAAUUCAUUUCAUCUAGAUAAGAAAGGCUCGAAUAAAACCAUGAAUCAGAGGAUAAUGGAAGUGUGUAAGACAGAGAGAAUCUGUAUCAUUCUGGUUUCAUUGAAACUGUUGAAAGUGCAUGUACAUUUUAAUAGUGUGGGUCAGAUAAUCCUGAAUAAACGUGUGUUAAUAUUUAGAUGAAUGGAUGGUUGAAUGGAAGAUAAAAGGACUACUGAAAUAACUUUGUGGCAUUUACAAGAUAGAGUACUUGAUAGUUUUGCACACUGAUAAUGUUC